CUGAAACUUGAUUUCCUUUGAUGACUUCCUUCUCAGAACCAUCCACGACACGACCAUGAAAACUGGUUUCUUGAUACUUUUGAUCCCUUUCACCCACAUGUAGGGUAUCUCAAUCUUUUAAUUCCAACAAAAUCAGAUGUGCUCCUCCUUGUUCUGCUCAACUCAUUUGUCCUAACAGCACAUAAAAAAAAUAUAUAUAUACACACACACACAGACUCUGGGAGGCAAGAAAUCAUCAUGAAGUUCUUGAUCCUAUUUUUAGUACUUUCUUUUUGUCUCUCUGUUACCAAAAUAUCUUCGUUAUCUCCAGUUUCAGAUAAUAGCACUUCACCUAAUAUAUGUCCUAUGGACCUUAACUAUGUCCUGAGAAUCCCAUGGUCAACUUGGGACUGCAGAAAACUUUCUAAAAUUUCAGACAAUAUCACAUCUAAUUCAGGCAAUAAUCCGUGCUGCCAGACCCUGAUUUCUCUUUAUGGAAUAGCAUUUGCUGAACGUCUCAAAGCAACCAACUUUUUUCAAUUACCCAAUUUAGAAACCUCCAUUUCUUGCCUCCAUAAUUUCCAGUCGAAGCUCAAUGCCCUUUCUCUUUCCCCUGAUCUCACUUCUUUCUGCUUUGACCCUCUUCAGUUUGUAAUCUCCUCAAAUGUCUGUGCCUCGAUUCAGACCACCCAAGAUUGGGUUAAGACUCUUGGCCCUUCUACUGUUCUUGACUCUGCUUGCAGGCCUGAUCUCACCGAUCUCACUGCUUGCGAUGCCUGUUUAGCAGCUGCCUUCCAAGUUCAGUCACAGUUGAUUGGAAUAGAUGGUAAUAAAUCUCACUCAGUAGCAUGUUUUUACUUUGCUGUUCUGUAUGCUUCUGGUAUAGUUAAUGAGUUUGGACCUCAAAGUAAUGCUGCCAUUUCAUGCACCUUUAACCUUCAAAUUAAGUCAAAAAAGGAUCAUUCAUCUCUGAUUUUUGGACUCACUGGAGCAAGUGUUGCAGUCCUGGUGAUAUCUGUUUUCUUGGGGUUGUAUUUAUGGUGGGCUAAGAAACGGAGGAGAGGAGGUCGGAGUUUUGAUUUGGGUUCAGAAGAAAUGGAGUCUAGACCAAGAAGGAGGCCUAGUACCGUUUCUAUAUGGUUUAAGAUUGAUGAGCUUCUGAAGGCGACGGAUAACUUUUCGUCCAAGAAUUUUAUAGGUAGAGGGGGAAAUGGGAUUGUUUAUAAGGGGACACUAGCUGAUGGGACUGUUGUUGCUGUCAAAAAGGUUAUAGAGUCUGAUUUUCAAGGAAAUGAUGAGUUCUGCAAUGAAGUUGAGAUCAUUAGUAACUUGAAGCACCGAAACCUUGUGCCUCUUAGAGGUUGUUGUGUGACAGAUGAAGAUCUAACUGAUGGGCAUGAAGUGAGUGGUAGAUAUCUGAUUUAUGACUAUAUGCCUAAUGGGAAUCUUGAUGACCAUUUGUUUCCAACAAAUGGGGGUGAAAAUGUGAAGCAACCGUUAACAUGGCCUCAAAGAAAAAGCAUAAUUUUGGAUGUGGCACAAGGCCUGGCUUAUUUGCACUAUGGAGUGAGGCCAGGAAUAUAUCAUAGAGACAUUAAGGCCACGAAUAUUCUGUUAGAUGCAGAUAUGAGGGCAAGAGUUGCAGAUUUUGGGCUGGCAAAACAAAGCAGAGAAGGGCAGUCACACCUCACAACUAGAGUGGCUGGAACACAUGGAUAUUUGGCACCUGAGUACGCACUUUACGGGCAGUUGACUGAGAAGAGUGAUGUCUAUAGCUUUGGGGUGGUUAUUUUGGAGAUAAUGUGCGGGAGAAAAGCUCUUGAUUUUUCUUCAGGUUCACAUCAUGCACUUUUAAUCACCGAUUGGGCUUGGUCACUGGUGAAAUCAGGCAAGAUGGAACAAGUUUUGGAUUCUGCUUUAACGAAGAAUGAGGAUUCUGCAAUUGUAAAUCCAAAGGCCAUCAUGGAGAGAUAUUUACUAGUUGGAAUCUUAUGUGCUCAUGUGAUGGUAGCUCUGAGGCCAACCAUUAUGGAUGCACUGAAAAUGCUGGAAGGAGAUAUUGAGGUUCCAGCAAUUCCCGACAGGCCUGCACCUCUUCUUAUGCAUCCUUCUUUACAUGGAGGCGACAUUAAUAAUUUCACCAUAUCACCAGCAUUAAGUGCGCUGAAGUUAAAUUCAGGAGACAUGCUUAGAUGAACAAAACUUUUGUACUGUACAUAUUCUUCUUCCACUUCCAAAGACGAACAAAUUGAAGUUAAGAGGCUGGAGCUUUGAGCUGAAUAGAUUGCAGACAAAAGGAAUGUUUAUACAGCUUAAAUGCCAUUGGUUUCAGAGAAACAAGUAUUUUGAAUGAUUGGUAUUUACUAAUGCUCUCGAAAAUAUGCAGACUAUUCAUGUAUGCAGCAAGUUCGAUGAGCCUCAUUCUUUAAAUUAAAUCUUUGAUCACAAGUUCUGUUAUUUAGCUUCAGACGGAAGAUAGCAGACAAGUCAGUCCACACAGAAGAUUUCCACAAGAUUGUUCUUUGUAAAUUGGAGACAUUAGGUGACAUACGAACUACUCUACUUUGGCAAUCAUCUUUCAGGCCAUGCCCUGUAAUUUUCAUGGAAUCUUUAGUCUCUUACUUUAUAUGAUCUUUUACUGAAUCAGCUCUGGAUUAGGUUCAAUGGUUUCCAAGAACAAAGUAA